AUGGAGGAAGAACAAAUUAGAAUGAUUAAGAUUAUAGUUUUUGGAGUAAUAACAUGGGGAGUGGCUUUCAUACUCACCAGAAGAAUCUUAUCAAGCUACUCUUUCGACUUCUGCAAUCGUCUUCUCUCCAUGGCUCACGCCACAAUCGCUGUCACAUUAGCUACACUCUCUGUUCAAGAUUGGUCUUGCCCUGUUUGUCCCCGUGCUUCUAAGCCAUCUCCCCAACAGAUGGAUACAAUGGCGUUUUCACUGUCGUACAUGAUCUACGAUCUUAUAUGUUGUCAGUUUGAUCAAGUGAUUAGUAUUGACAAUGCGGUUCAUCAUUUGGUUAGCAUUCUUGGUUUUGUUGCUGGACUUGCCUACCAAAAGUCUGGAUCUGAGAUCGUGGCUACACUGUGGAUAGCAGAGGUAUCGAGUCCUUUUUACCAUUUGCGGGAGAUUCUGAAAGAGAUUGGAUACAAAGACACCAGCCUCAAUCUAGCAGCCGAUGUGUGUUUUGCGACUAUAUUCACACUGGCGAGAAUAGUGUGUGGACCUUUUCUUGUUUACGUUAGUCUAUCAGCUGAUAAUCCCAUCUUCAUCAAGGCAAUGGGAUCAGGAUUACAACUCGUGAGCAUAUUUUGGUUUUAUAAAAUUUUCGGGAUGAUGAGAUAUAAACUUUUUAAGAAGCCAAAGGCAAACAAAAAAUCCGCCUAG